AUGUCAGACCUCAGCGCAGUAUUCACCAAAACAUCCGCAUACUCUCUCGCGGGUGUAGUGUGUCAUGGCAUGUUAGGAUAUCUGGGCGCAAAAGCGUUUCUUCCGAGGAACGCGCGGUGGCAGGAUAAGUUCACGUUUGUGUGGCUCACGUUCGACGCGCUCAUCCAUUUCUCGUUCGAGGGUUCGUUCCUCUGGCUCUCUGUCUUUGGGAGGCAGGUUAACACGUCAGUUGGGCCGUUCGCGGAUAUGUGGAGAGAAUACGCAGCGGCCGACUUCAGAUGGGGCGUGGCGGACCCGACCGUCGUCUCUCUAGAGAUCCUCACAGUCCUCGGUGCUGGACCUUUGUGCUGCUACAUCCUCAAGCAACUCGCGAACGAUGAUCCUGCGAGGCAUUAUUGGUUGAUUGUUCUGAGCACUGCUGAGCUUUAUGGAGGUUGGGUCAUCAUCCCUCUUUGGCUCAUGGUCGACUCGUAUACGCAUAUAGCCGGUGCUCUCCGCUCCGCUCAAGCUAACUCGAGGGCCAAGUCGAAGUCCAAAAAAGCCUAA